AUGUCAGCUCAGGAUGUAAUCGCGCUCAUCGUCUACCUACCUAGCUCUCUCGGGCUAGGCAACGCGGUAGUCAUUGGCGCCACUACCGGACUCUUCACAGCAGGUAUGGUCGUGGAAAACCGCUGUGAGGGUGGUGUACGUGCGGCCUAUCAGAAUGUAGAAGCAGAUGGCUUCUCUCAAGGAAUGAGAGAGACCUGCUACCCGAAAUAUUAUUCUCAGGACGCCUCACAUCAGGCAGAUACCACGCACGGCACCACCGAUAGUGGAUCUACCGACAAUUAUUGGAGUGUCGAUCACGGGGAUGCACAACAGGAAUCGAUCUACGUCGUGGACACUAAUCUUCAUAGAUCUUAUGCUGGAAAAGGGUCACUUUACUUAUCAGGUGUGGCUGGACAGGAUCAGCCUGUAGAUGAUUCACAAGUCGGUGAACAUAAUAUCCCGACGAAAUUCAGGAGGACAUGA